UAUAUUUUCACUAAUUUGAUUUUUUUGAUUUAUAAAGCAUGAUUUAGGUAAAUAUAUUGCUAGAUCUUGAAAAGCAUUGGCUGUGAAAUUACAUAAUGUACCAUUAGCAGUGUAAAAUAAAUGUGUGUGAACAAGAAUAAAAAUAUAUUCUGGUUCUGUUGAAACUGUUAAAGUAUUGGGGCACCUGGGUGGCUCAGUCGGUUAAGCGGCUGACUUCUGCUCAGGUCACGAUCUCAAGGUCUGUGAGUUCAAGCCCUGGGUGGCGUCGGGCUGUGUGCUGACAGCUCAGAGCCUGGAGCCUGCUUUGGAUUCUGUCUGUGUCUCUCUCUCUCUCUCUCUCUCUCUCUCUCUCUCUCUGCCCCUCCCCGACUCUGACAAAUAAUAAAACAUUUAAAAAAAGAAAGAAAGAAAUGGUUAAAGCAUUAAGGCCCUUCAGUUCUGGACUUGUUUGCACUGGAUCCAGGAAUUACUAUUUUAUUCCAAAUUCUGUAGGUUCCAGGCCAUUUAUUUCAGUAUUCCAAAGCCCCCAUUUUUAUAAUUUCCUCAUAUGGGUUAGUGAGCAGAAAUAACUGCUUAAGUUCUUAUAGAAUUGAAAUGUAUUUGUAAUAUCCAAGAAGAACUGAGGGGAACCAUGCUUGUUACUGGACAAACUGGACGUAUCUUAGAUUAUAUGCAGUACUUCCCCAGUUGUACGGUGGGGCAGAGUCUUCUUAGUGUGUCGUUCAUGGAGUCCACCGGAUUUCCGUGGGCCUCUGCCCCGCCCCAGAUCCUGGCCAGGCAGCAGCAGGUGACAGACUCAGAAAUGACCUGCUGGAGCCUCGUGGGCCAGAGGACAUGUUCGUGCUGUGAUGUAAUAAAGAUGUAUGUGAAGAGGAACUAGGUCACAAAGGACGGAUCAUGUGGCCUCCCUGAUGAUAUUAACCGUGUUCUUGAGCAACAACGAGCAGAUUUUAACAGAAGUUCCCAUAACACCAGAAACAACGUGUCGAGACGUUGUAGAAUUUUGCAAGGAACCUGGAGAGGGCAGUUGCCAUUUAGCUGAAGUGUGGAGGGGAAAUGAGCGUCCCAUACCCUUUGAUCACAUGAUGUACGAACAUCUUCAGAAGUGGGGGCCACGCAGGGAAGAAGUGAAAUUUUUCCUUCGACAUGAGGAUUCCCCGACCGAGAGCAGUGAGCAAGGUGGCCGUCAGACCCAAGAGCAGAGAACUCAGAGAAAUGUAAUAAAUGUACCCGCAGAAAAACGCACAGAAAAUGGCGUUGGAAAUCCACGUGUAGAACUUACCCUCUCAGAGCUCCAAGAUAUGGCAGCCAGGCAACAGCAGCAAAUUGAAAAUCAGCAGCAAAUGUUGGUUGCCAAGGAACAACGUUUACAUUUCCUAAAGCAGCAGGAGCGCCGUCAGCAGCAGUCUAUCUCUGAAAAUGAAAAGCUUCAGAAACUGAAAGAGCGAGUCGAAGCCCAGGAAAACAAGCUGAAGAAAAUCCGCGCCAUGAGAGGACAAGUAGACUACAGCAAAAUCAUGAACGGCAACUUGUCUGCCGAAAUAGAAAGGUUCAGCGCCAUGUUCCAGGAAAAGAAGCAGGAAGUACAAAGUGCAAUAUUAAGAGUUGAUCAGCUCAGUCAGCAACUGGAAGAUUUAAAGAAAGGAAAGCUGAGCGGGCUCCAGUCUUACAACGGCAAGCUGGCGGGACCGGCGGCGGCGGAGUUGAAAAGACUGUACCAAGAGCUACAGAUUCGUAAUCAGCUUAACCAGGAACAGACUUCAAAGCUCCAGCAGCAGAAGGAACUCUUGAAUAAACGCAACAUGGAGGUGGCCGUGAUGGACAAGCGGAUCAAUGAACUGCGUGAACGUCUUUAUGGGAAGAAAAUUCAGCUGAGCCGUGUGAAUGGCACGUCGUCACCGCAGUCGCCGCUCAGCACGCCUGGCAGGGUUGCUGCAGUGGGGCCUUAUAUCCAGGUCCCCAGUGCCGGUGGCUAUUCUGUCCCAGGGGACCCCAUAAAGCCCCAGUCUCUCACUAUCGCCUCAAGUGCUGCCCACGGAAGAUCCAAAUCCGCCAAUGAUGGAAACUGGCCAACGUUAAAACAAAAUUCUAGUUCUUCAGUGAAGCCGACGCAGAUCGCCAGUGUGGACUGGAAGGACUCAAGCGUGGAGGGUCCUCUCAAGCAAGGGGCCGUCUCGAGCCAGCCUGUGCCCUUGUCAACUUUAGGAGCCACAGAGAAGCUGGGCGUCGAGAUCGGUAAAGUGCCACCCCCCCUCCCCAGUGUCGGCAAGCAGCUGCCUCCCAGCUACGGGACAUACCCCAGCCCUGCGCCCGUGGGCCCCGGCUCCACAAACUCCCUGGAGAGGAGGAAGGAGGGCAGCUUGCCCAGGCCCGGCGCAGGCCCGCCCAGCCGGCAGAAACCCGCCCCGCUGCCCACCUCGGGUGGCCACACGUCUGCUUCCUCACAGCAGAUUCAGCAGAGGAUCUCUGUGCCGCCGAGUCCCACGUACCCGCCGGCGGGGCCGCCUGCUUUCCCGGCUGGGGACAGCAAACCUGAACUCCCACUGACUGUGGCCAUUAGGCCCUUUCUGGCUGAUAAAGGGUCAAGGCCACAGUCCCCCAGGAAAGGACCCCAGACAGUGAAUUCAAGUUCCAUCUACUCCAUGUACCUCCAGCAAGCCACGCCUCCUAAGAAUUACCAGCCAGCGGUGCACAGCACCUUAAAUAAGUCUGUUAAAGCAGUGUACGGUAAACCCGUUUUACCAUCCGGGUCAACGUCCCCGUCACCCUUACCGUUUCUUCACGGGUCGCCGGCCACAAGCACGUCGCAGUCCCAGCCGCCUUCGGAAGGUGCCGAGAAAGAGCCGGAGCAGGACAGCCCUGCCCCUCCUGGAGACGGCGGCACCGGCACGGGCACUGUGGAGAGCCUGCCGCGGCCGCUCAGCCCCACCAAGCUCACGCCCAUCGUGCACUCGCCGCUGCGCUACCAGAGUGACGCCGACCUGGAGGCCUUGCGCAGGAAGCUGGCCAACGCGCCCCGGCCCCUAAAGAAGCGCAGCUCCAUCACGGAGCCCGAGGGCCCCGGGGGGCCCAACAUCCAGAAGCUGCUGUACCAACGCUUCAACACCCUGGCCGGCGGCAUGGAGGGCACCCCUUUCUACCAGCCCGGCCCCUCGCAGGACUUCAUGGGCACCCUGGCCGACGUGGACAAUGGAAAUACCAAUGCCAACGGGAACCUGGGAGAGGCUGGCCCCGCCCAGCCCACAGCCCCGCUCCCCUCCGAGCCUGCCCCGUCUUCGGACGCCAAUGACAAUGAGCUCCCUUCCCCUGAACCGGAGGGGCUCAUCUGUCCCCAGAGCACCCACCAAACGGCCGAGCCUGCCGAGGAUGACAACAACAACGUGGCCACAGCGCCGUCCACAGAACAGGUCCCCAGCCCUGGGGCCGAGGCCCCCUCACCGGGGGAAGACCAAGCCCCUCCACUGCUGCCCCCCACCGUGCCCCCGCCUGGAGCCUCUACGAGCAAACGGACCAACCUGAAGAAGCCUAACUCGGAGCGGACAGGGCACGGGCUGAGAGUCCGGUUCAACCCCCUGGCGCUGCUCCUAGAUGCUUCUCUGGAAGGCGAGUUUGACCUGGUGCAAAGGGUCAUCUACGAGGUGGAAGACCCUAGCAAGCCCAAUGACGAAGGGAUCACCCCGCUGCACAAUGCCGUCUGCGCCGGCCACCACCACAUCGUGAAGUUCCUGCUGGAUUUUGGGGUCAACGUGAACGCUGCCGACAGCGAUGGCUGGACGCCGCUGCACUGCGCCGCCUCUUGCAACAGCGUCCACCUCUGCAAACAGCUGGUGGAGAGCGGCGCUGCCAUUUUUGCCUCCACCAUCAGCGACAUCGAAACCGCCGCGGACAAGUGUGAAGAGACGGAGGAAGGCUACAUCCAGUGUUCCCAGUUCCUCUACGGGGUGCAGGAGAAGCUGGGCGUGAUGAACAAAGGAGUGGUGUACGCCCUGUGGGGCUACGAGGCCCAGAACAGCGACGAGCUGUCCUUCCACGAGGGGGAUGCCAUCACCAUCCUGAGGCGCAAGGACGAGAGUGAAACCGAGUGGUGGUGGGCUCGCCUUGGGGACCGGGAGGGCUACGUGCCCAAAAACCUGCUGGGGUUGUAUCCACGGAUCAAACCCCGACAGCGAACGCUAGCCUGAGCUUCCGUCUGGAGCGCUGCCCGCGCUUGCCCGCCGCGAGGAGCCGCCGGGGAGACCGCCCUGCCGUUUCUGCGGGAGCUGCAGCUAGACGUGUUUAUAAUGGUGCUCACUUGCGCAGACAGCAUCCACAAUGUGAAAUCCCUGCAGUUUCUCGGUGAGGCCCUUUCUUCAGUUUGCCCGUAACUGGGAGAGGUACUUUUGCCUCCAGGAAGAUUGAAUUUUGCCAAUUACUGUAAAUCCAAAUAAAUAUGCAGCUUUCUAAA